CUCCUUCCCCGACACUGGUCCCCCUGCCCCUGGCUCCUCCCUAUUGGCUAACUGCCAAACUACUUUAGUUUCUAUUUCCCUACUCGGUCCUUCCCUGAGCAAAGGACCUCUCGGCUUGGUGUGAACGGCAGCAGUGGCCCAGUGCUGGUGAGGACAUGAUGGCAUUCCAACGCCCCCAGCCUCCCUUCUUGUAUCCGGCUGUGCCCUUUACCGGGGAGAUCCAAGGAGGCCUGGAGGACGGGCUUCAGAUCACUAUCAAUGGGUGUGUUCACCCCAGCGCCAGCAGGUUUGCAGUGAAUUUACAGACUGGCUUCAGUGAGAACGACAUUGCCUUCCACUUCAACCCGCGCUUCCAAGAGGGUGGAUACGUGGUCUGCAAUACCAAGCAGAAAGGCAACUGGGGCGUGGAGGAGAGGAAGAUGCACAUGCCCUUCCAGAAGGGGGCGCCGUUCGAGCUGUGCAUCCUGGUGCAGAGCUCACAUUUCCAGGUGACAGUGAAUGGUUCCUUCUUUGUGCAGUACGCACACCGGGUGCCCUUCAGCAGCGUGAACGCCAUCUCUGUCGCUGGCUCUGUGCAGCUGUUCUACAUCACCUUCAAGAGCACCCGUGUGGCCCCCGGCCAGCCAGCCUUCACGAGGCCAUCCUCCCAGCCAAUGCGUUUCCCACACAAGUGCAAGGGGCGCAAAGCAAGACCUCCAGGCUUCAGCUCUGCCAACUUUGCCCCUGUCACUCCAGUGGUGAUGCCCACGGCUCAGAGUGUCCCUGGACAGAUGUUCCCAAAUCCUGGAAUCCCACCCAUGCUGUACCCCAACCCUACCUAUCCCAUGCCUUUCUUCACCGGCAUCCCGGGAGGGCUGUACCCAUCCAAGUCCAUCAUCGUGACGGGCACCAUCCUGCCCAGUGCUCAGCAGUUCCACAUCAACCUGCGCUCCGGGAGUGACAUCGCGUUCCACCUGAACCCACGCUUCAACGAGAACGCCGUGGUCCGCAACACCCAGAUCAAGGGCUCGUGGGGGUCCGAGGAGCGGAAGCUGCCACGGCAAAUGCCCUUCCACCGUGGCCAGAGCGUGGCGGUGUGGAUCAUGUGUGAGAGCCACUGCCUCAAGGUGGCCGUGGACGGCCAGCACCUGUUUGAGUACAACCACCGCCUGAAGAACCUGCCUGCCAUCAACAACCUGGAGGUGGCCGGCGACAUCCAGCUAACCCACGUGCAGAUAUAGGCGACCUCGCGGGGGCCUCCCCGGCCUCUGGCCUUUAGCCUUGCUGCCUCACCUUGCACCUGCUCCAACCCCUCACCCUCCAGGAAAGCCACCUGAGGACUUCCUGCAGGCCUGCAAUGGGCCAGAACUUUCUCAGCAGUGGGCUCGCCCCUUGGCCGUGUCCUUAAAAUAAACAAGCUUCUUGGCGCGCAAUGUGAGGGGGCCACAGUUUACUAAGUGUGUCUGGGGACAUUGUAGAGUCUGUGGAAUUGGAAGGGAGUGGGAGGAGAGAGCAUGGAUGCCCACGUCUACCCCACAGGCCAUCAGGAGGCAGCUCGGGGCUCCGGCCUCCAGGGCAAGAAUCCCUGGCACAAGAGCCCUAGGCGAGGGACCUGGGUGCCAGGUGCAGCUUGUCUGCCCCAGAGCGGGAGGGAUUUCGGGGGUGGAGACACGCCAGCUAGGGGGCGUCAUGAUUUGAGAGGCAGAGAGACCGUUCCCAUGUAUAGGUUCACUCUCUGGCCCCAGUGGUCGGGGCUGGGCCAAUCCAAAGCCAGGAGCUGGGAACUCAAUGCAGGCACCUGUGGGCGGCAGGAGCCCAAGCACUUAGCCAUUGCCUGCUUCCUUCCAGGGUGGGCAUCACCUGGAAGCUGGGAUUGGGAGUGGGGCUGGGACUUGAACCCAGGUACUCUGUGGACAUCCCAACCACCAGGCCAAAAGUCCGCCCUACCUCCCCGAGGCUGAGGUUUGGGCUGUGGGUAGGAUGUGAUGAUGUCAUGGGCAGAGCCCCCGGGCUGGACUCCGGUGGCUUUGUUAGGAGAGGGAUGGGGCCUGGAGGACACACGUGUGCUCCCCACCCCUCAGCACGUGACGCCAAGGCCACCGCCAGCUGCGGUCACCUGACCUUGGACCUCAUGAGGGGCGCACCCAAACAAACCCCUUUAUCAUUUACCCAGCCAGUGCUGUGGCACAGUAGCUUAAUGCCCUGGCCUGAAGCGCUGGCAUCCCAUAUGGGCGCCGGUUCGAGACCCGGCUGCUCCACUUCCAAUCCAGCUCUCUGCUAUGGCCUGGGAAAGCAGAAGAUGGCCCAAGUCCUUGGGCCCCUGCACCCACGUGGGCGACCUGGAGAAGGCUCCUGGUUCCUGACUUUGGAUCAGCUCAGCUCUGGCUGUUUCGGCCAACUGGGAAGUGAACCAGCGGGUAGAAGACCUCCCUCCCUCCCUCCCCCCUGCCUCUCCUCUCUGUGUA